UCAGGUUGCUCACAUUACUUCUGGGGGAACAGAAGCGUUUCAAGUGAUGCCGGCAUAAACAAAACCUCUAAAAUAUUGUAUUAUUAAUUGGUGUCAUAUGAAAUUCACUUCAGCUGCAGUCUGACACCAAUCUUCAGGACGAUGUCUGCGGAGCAGAGGAAAAGCUGGAUACUGACAGGCGCUACGGUUGCUUGUGUCGCCGCUCUGUAUGUGCCUUGUGUGCAGAGGACCGUCCCCGGUGGAGAUUCAGGAGAACUGAUCACCACUGCUUGUGAGCUGGGGGUGGCCCAUCCUCCAGGAUACCCCCUCUUCACCCUACUAGCUCGCCUGGCUAUGUGUCUUCUGCCCUCACUCUCGCCAGCCCACAGCGCCAACUUGAUGAGUAGCCUGCUGGGGGCUGCAGCUUGUGGUGCCCUCUGCUUUACUGUCUGCAGAUUGGCAGGUCCCGGCCCUGGUGCAGUACUGGCUGGAGGACUCUUUGCUGUGUCCAGACUGAGCUGGCAGUGGUCCAUGGUUGCAGAGGUUUUCACACUCAACAACCUUUUUGUUAGUCUGCUCUUCUUCUUGACAGCCAGCUUCCACUCUGCUGAAAACACCACUCAGAGGAGGAAGAUUUCACAUUGGGGGGCGCUGUGCUGUGGUUUGGGGCUCUGUAACCAGCACACCCUAGUGUUGUAUGUGUUGGUCGUCAUUCCCUGGGUCCUUCACAGACUGUACUCUCACAGGGAGCUGUCUUUGCGUAGCCUUGUGUCUCUGGGAGUGUGUUUCCUGCUGGGUUUUCUGCCGUACAUCUACCUGCCCAUCUCCUCCUACAUCAACACAGCUCGCUGGAGCUGGGGGGACCAAACCAACCUGUCAGGCCUGCUGACCCACCUGCUGAGGGCUGAAUAUGGCACGUUUAGUCUGGCCAAGACGGAUAUCUCUGUGAACCUGACCACAAUGUUAAAGGCCCAGUUGGACCACUGCCUGGCAGACCUUUCCCUUCCUGUUCUGGUGCUGGCAGGAACAGGCCUCCUCCUCUCUUCUUGGGAUAGGACAUGUUGCUCAGUGUCCUGGCUGUUCACCACCAUGAUGCUGGUCUACUCACUAUUUUUUGCUUGGAGAGCCAACCUGGACAUCAAUAGACCUCUAAUGCUUGGAGUGGUUGAGCGUUUCUGGCUCCAGAGUGAUGCUGCAGUGUGUGUGCUGGCAGGCCUCGGCUUGAGCAGGACACACACUGGGCUGGAGAGGAGGCUGGGCCACGGGAGGCUGUGGAAGACCACAGGCUGGGUCCUCACCAUGACUCUGCUGGCACAUAUGGUGCACACCAAUCACAGGGAAUGUGAUCAGAGCAAAAACAGUGUGGUGGAGAGGUUCGGCAGUGAGCUUUUAGCUUCGAUCCCAAAAGACUCGAUCAUCCUGACCAGAGGAGAUCUGCCGGGAAACUCCCUCCGCUACCUGCACUACUGCCAGGAUAUGAGGCCCGAUGUAUGCCUGGUCGAUCAGGAGAUGAUGACAUACACUUGGUAUGUGGCCAAGCUGGGGCAGCACCACUCUGGGGUCUACUAUCCUGGUCGCUGGUGGGAUCCGGUCCACCCUGAGGGGAAAGACACCUUCAGUCUGGAGCAGUUUCUGUCCCACAACAGACAGAGGGAGGUGUUUGCCUGCAUUGGGCUGUCCGAUGGAGACCCAAGCUGGGGACGUAGCUUUUCCCGCUGGCCCCUGGGUGUGUGUGACUACUUAGUGCCCAUUCAGAGGCAGUUUCAUCCUGAAAAGUGGGCCCAACACACUCGCAACAUUUACAACUGGAGUGAGCCACACAACAGUUUCCAUCCUGCAUCCUGGGAGCGUGUGGCUAAUGAGGAGAUGUGGCAAGCCAGGAUGAAGACGGCUUUCUUUCUGUUUGACCUGGCAGAAGGGAUGGAGGGAGAGGGGAAAGCUCGCCUCUUUGAGCUGUCUUACACUCUGUAUAAGGAGAUUGUGGAGGCCCACUCAGACUACCCUACAAACUGGGACAAGAACUUGGCACUGGCCUGUGAGAGGCUGCUCCGCUCAGGUCACCGGGGCUACAGUCCAGACAGCCUGCUGACCUGCAGCACCCAGCACUUUAGUCUCUACUUAGAGAAGGAACCCACAGAUCCCCAGGCAGCUGCCAUACGCUCGGCUGUUACUCACCUGCUCAAAGAGAGAGACAAGCUCCGCCAGAGCCGGAGGCAAACCCCAUGACAACAUCCAGGGAGACCUACAGGGAGCUUGCGCCCUGAGAGUGUGCCACGAGCUCAGUCGAAGUGUGAGGUGAUGGGGACAAAGUCCAAGGCCUCUUUUGAGGCUUAGAAGGUGGUGCUCCAGAACAAUGCAGAAUGAUGGAGAGGUCUUUAAGGUUUUGGCUAAAUAGCCAAAUUGGACUUCCGAGUUGGGAGUUUGACUGAACGGUGAAAGCUGAUGCAGAAAUACUGGUCUGUACAGAACUCUGCGCUAAGGAUGGAGUUAAAAGUACUGAGCCAUGCUUCAGUGGAUGAAUGUUUACAGUUGACCAGGGACAGAGCUUGACUUCAGGAAGCCUUGACUGACCCCAAUCAAGCUGUGCGUGCUCCCCUUAAACUCAGCCAUUCGAUUGCUUUAUCAUUACAUCUCUUUCUUUUUUUUUUUUGUCCUCUUCUGCUCUCACAGCUUUUAACGUGCUGAUUAUUUUGCCUCAGCCUCUGCUCUAGUUCUCUUUUUCUCACAUUAGGUUGGCAAGGCAGAGAUUGAGGGAAACCCAAUUUAGGGGGCCGAAAUGGGGGAUUAGAGCCGUCGUUUAAUCUAGGACAGACUUGUGCUGUGCCACACAGUCCUCACUCCACAUCGCCAGCACUACACACCCACCACUCUAUCCAUCCAUCAGUCUAUCUUAGAUAGUCCUUUAAAUGUUUAAAACUAAUGGAUUCAUGAGUGUUUUUUUUCUCUCUCUCUCUCUCUCUUCCUUCCUAACGGGAGGGCUGUAAUCCCUCAUGGAUUUAAAUGAAAUGUGAAAUGUCACAAUGCCAGAGACCCUUUUAGAGGUUUGUUUCUGUGCGCAUGUGUGUUGAUUUGUGUUUGCAUGUCUGUGCGCGUGUACGUGUGAACAUGCUUAAAUCUCUUCCCAAGCCCCGCCGGAACCACAUAUACACAUAGUCAAUAAACAGAUUGGCACACGGAAAAGCAAAGUGCUUUGAUCAUCAGACAAGCACAAAGUCAUGCAAACUGCAGGGACACACGAAACCACCAGCUUCCAGGAAAAUGGACUUUUAGCCAUGUGAGGGUUUCUGGAAAGACAAUGUGACACCAGAAAUACUUGAACCCUACCUUUAUGUCUGACAUGUUCUCAGGAUCUGACACCUCAGUCACGCAGUGCUGAUUUUAUUGAAUGUUGUUCCAUGAAAUGCAUUAAUCAGAGGUCAAAUCAGUGUAAUGUCAAAAGCUUUAUGAAGCACUGGUGAAGGAGCCGGCUGUUCGAGAUGCCACUAGAAAGCAGAGGACAGUAAGUGCAUGUGUAGUUUUCUCAGAAUGUAAUCUGCCCUCUGUUUGCAGGCUUGGUUAGCGGCUGUCAGCUGGCUGGAUGAUGAGAGUCGACCUGUAAUACCGAUGGUUCAGUUUCUUAGAAAAGAAAGGGAAGAACUGUCACUCUGCUUCCUACCAUUUAAAUACUUCAAUAAA